GCCGAUGCGCUGUGUCCCUCGGACACGGCGGAUCAUGGAAAGAGCCAAAGAUGUCGGCUCGGUCAUGUGAUCAGCUGUGUCCAAUCACAGCUGAUCACAUGGGACAUGUACACUGAUCAUCAGGGCACUGAUGAUCAGUGCGCCCUGAUGAUCAGUGUGGCCCCAGAAGUGCCACCUGUCAGUCCUCAUCAGUGCCACGUGCCAGUGCCCAUCAAUGCCACAUAUCAGUGCAUACCAGUGCACAUCAAUGCCACUUAUCAGUGCCCAUCUGAGCUGCCUUUCAAUGUCACCCAUCAAUGCCAAUCAGUGCCACCUAGUGUUGCCUAUCAGUGCCGCCUAUCAGUGCCAGUCAGUGCCGCCUAUCAGUGUCAUUUAUCAGUGUCAUGUAUCAGUGCUGCCUUUCAGUGCCCAUCAGUGAUGCCUGUCAAUGCCCAUCAGUGCAACCUACCAGUGCCUCCUCAUCAGUGCCCAUCAGUGCCACCUAUCAGUGUCCAUCAGUGC